AUGAAGAGGCAGAUAAAGGUGGCACCCUCUGUGGACGUUGUGGAGGUUUCAGUUGUGAAGCAGGCAUAUGCUGUGGUGGUGAAAAGCCAGGUGCUACAACAAGCCCCGCAGCCUGCGACCUCCUGGUCCGGAGUUCGAGACGCGCUGUCCCUCGCGGACGACUGUGCCCAGCCAAAGCUUCAAGGCGCGCAGCCCACUACUGGCUCCGAGGAUUGCCUCUACCUCAACGUGUUCGUGCCGACUGCGGCGAGUGGUUCUUUGCCCCUGAUGGUUCACAUCCACGGUGGUACAUUCAGGACUGGUUCUCCUUCCAAUGGCGCACCGGACUAUUUUGUGGAGAAAGGCGUCGUGAUGGUCUCAGUCGCUUAUCGUCUCGGUGCCCUCGGCUUCGUGAGCCUUCAGAACGACGACAUCCCGGGCAACUCGGGCCUUAAGGACCAGGUGCUGGCGCUGCAGUGGAUACAAAGGAACAUCGCAGCUUUCGGGGGAGAUCCGAGCAGGGUCGUCGUCUUCGGGGAAAGCGCAGGUGGCUGCUCCGUAUCACAUCUCUUUCUCUCACCGGCCACCGAGGGGCUCUUCAGCGGAGUAAUCGUGGAAAGUGGGGUAGCGACGACCCCUUGGGCGCUGACGGACAAACCCCGCGAGAGGGCGUACCGCAUGGCGGGGCGCUCGGGUUCCAGGCGCAGGGCGGCAACCACACUGACGACGACGACGCGAGGAAAAGCGCUGCCCGCUCCGGUGCACCUGGCUUUCGUCCCCGUCGUGGAGCCACCAUCGGACUCUGCAGUGAUCAUCGAGCCUCCAGCAGACGUCCUCAGAGCUGGCAGCUACAACCAGGUCCCCAUCAUACUUGGCGUCACUUCUGGAGAAGGUUUCGUGGUAUAUCUCUCGGCGGGACUGCUGACGGAAGCGGGGAUCGCCGACAUGAAGGAGAACUUCACGGCGCUGGUCGGCUCCCAGCUGCCGCUCCCCACGGAGGAACAGCGAACUCGUGCGGCGCAACACCUGGAGCAAUUCUUCUUUGGGGACGACGGCUUCUCCACAGACGACAUGCAAGCCGUUAUUGAUCUGUUUUCAGAUCUCUAUUUCAUUCAACCAUCGAAUUCCUUCGCUACAGCAGUGGUGGACUCGAGCAGUAUACCUGUACACUUCUAUUACUUCGACUACAACGGCCCUGGCUACACGAAAUACGCCAAGACUGCACCAUUAGGCGUUGCUUCCAUCUACAGAUGA